GAGAGCGCAGGGCGGAAAGGGGAGCCCCAGCACUUCAGAGCUGUCGGGCCGUGGCCAGGAAGCAAAGCACCGGAGCGCUGUGGUGCCAGCGGCCGGACUAGGGAUGACCGGCAGGUUUGCGCUGGACCCAACCCCGAGGGCGGUCAGGCGCAAGGGGGCGGGCGCUGCCGUACUCCGGCCGCGGGGUCAGGGCGGGCCGGCCGGCGGGGCAUUUAAACCCCGCUGACAGCCAGUCCCGCCCGGGACACGCGCCCAGCUCCGUAGCCGCCUCCGUCGACUCAGCCUUGGGUACCGGUCGGGCAAAAUGCGGUCCUCUCUGGCUCCGGGAGUCUGGUUCUUCCGCGCCUUCUCCAGGGACAGCUGGUUUCGAGGCUCCAUCCUGUUGCUGACCUUCCUCAUUUACACCUGCUAUCACAUGUCCAGGAAGCCCAUCAGUGUCGUCAAAAGCCGUCUGCACCAGAACUGCUCGGAGCAGAUCAAACCCAUCAAUGAUACUCACAGUCUCAAUGACACUAUGUGGUGCAGCUGGGCCCCAUUUGACAAGGACAACUACAAGGAGUUACUGGCGGGCGUGGACAACGCCUUCCUCGUCGCCUAUGCCAUUGGCAUGUUCAUCAGUGGGGUCUUCGGGGAGCGGCUUCCGCUCCGUUACUACCUCUCGGCUGGAAUGCUGCUCAGUGGCCUUUUCACCUCACUCUUUGGCCUGGGAUAUUUCUGGAACAUCCACGAGCUCUGGUACUUUGUGGUCAUCCAGGUCUGUAAUGGACUCGUCCAGACCACAGGCUGGCCUUCUGUGGUGACCUGCGUUGGCAACUGGUUCGGGAAGGGGAAGCGGGGGUUCAUCAUGGGCAUCUGGAAUUCCCACACAUCUGUGGGCAACAUCUUGGGCUCCCUGAUCGCCGGCAUCUGGGUGAAUGGGCAGUGGGGCCUGUCGUUCAUCGUGCCUGGCAUCAUUACCGCCAUCAUGGGCAUCAUCACCUUCCUCUUCCUCAUCGAACACCCAGAAGAUGUGGACUGCUCCCCUCCUCAGCACCAUGGUGAGCCAGCUGAGAACCAGGACAACCCUGAGGACCCUGGGAACAGUCCCUGCUCUAUCAGAGACAGCGGCCUUGAGACUGUGGCCAAAACCUCCAAGGGGCCGUGUGAAGAGCCUGCUGCCAUCAACUUCUUUGGGGCGCUCCGGAUCCCAGGCGUGGUCGAGUUCUCUCUGUGUCUGCUGUUUGCCAAGCUGGUCAGUUACACCUUCCUCUACUGGCUGCCCCUCUACAUCUUCAAUGUGGCUCACUUUAGUGCCAAGGAGGCUGGGGACCUGUCUACACUCUUUGAUGUCGGUGGCAUCAUAGGCGGCAUCAUGGCAGGGCUCAUCUCUGACUACACCAAUGGCAGGGCCACCACUUGCUGCGUCAUGCUCAUCUUGGCUGCCCCCAUGAUGUUCCUGUACAACUACAUUGGCCAGGACGGGAUUACCAGCUCCAUAGUGAUGCUGAUCAUCUGCGGGGGCCUGGUCAACGGCCCAUACGCGCUCAUCACCACUGCUGUCUCUGCUGACCUGGGCACUCACAAGAGCCUGAAGGGCAACGCCAAAGCCCUGUCCACAGUCACGGCCAUCAUCGACGGCACCGGCUCCAUAGGCGCAGCUCUGGGGCCUCUGCUGGCUGGUCUCAUCUCCCCCACGGGCUGGAACAACGUCUUCUACAUGCUUAUCUCUGCCGACGUCCUAGCCUGCUUGCUCCUCUGUCGGUUAGUGUACAAAGAGAUCUUGGCCUGGAAGGUGUCCCUGAGCAGAGGCAGUGGCUCUAGUGUGGUCCUAACCCACCAGCGAUAGUAUUUCCCUCAAGUCCCAUGACUUUUGUAUAAAGAAAUAUGAGGCCCCAGUUGGAAGAGCAGCAUGGAAGGCCCCAAUUGGGUCCCCAGUGUGCUCCCCAUGGGCAAGACAAUGAAAACUUCCACAAGUAAGGGAGGCAACCCCUCUUAACUGAACAUCAGCCAGCCCAGUCCAGACCCAGGGCUGCCUAAGGACACAGAGAUUCUCCAUGGGAAGGGGACUGCCAAGCACGAGGAAGUAGAAGAUUCAGGGGCCUGAGCUCUGGAAGCUACAAGCAAAGGGCAUGGGACUGGGGCUGAGUUGUGUCUCCAUUUUGAUAAGGGAAGGAUAUGCUCAGACUCUUGCUUGUUCAGAUUCCAAGACAGAAGGCUUCACAAGGCCAAGGCCUGGAAAAUGUGCAUCUCUCCUUCCCAUGUUAAAUUUUAAUCUCUGUAAUCUGCCUGUAUCUGUAGGUGGGCAUCUCACUCCGUCAAAGGAGCCCAGCCUCUCUUUGUCCCUCUAUCCAUGAAACAGUCUUCUCUGUGCAUUUCCCCAAGCUGGGCCCUCUUCUACCCUCCAUUUAGGCCUGUUGAUAGCUCCCUUACCUGCCCAUCACUGCUGUUUCUCCAGGGCCAACACUCGGGCGAGGCAGGGGAGCUGCCUUCAGUACAUAAUUUGAGGGGGCACUCCCUCUUGGGCACAGGCCGGCCCUGAGUGCCUCCCUUGCCUCACUCUGAUCCUGGCCCCGUAAUGUCCUCAGUGGAAGGUGACUGGGGGCCAGUGCUGUGGGGAGAGUAGAAAGAGGAGUUGGCAUGACUAAAAAUACCAGUAUGUGUAUUAAGUAUUUUGAGAAUGAAAUGCCAAGGAGUGCCUACUGUAUGCCAGCUCUGCUCUAGGAAUGGAGUAGACAAUGGACACAAGAAGGACUUACGCCCUGAGCACAAGUGCCAGCGGUGACAAGACUGGCAAGAUGUGAGGGCAUGCAUGGUUCAUUCAGGCAGUUGCUGCAGGUGUGGUCGCCUGGCGCCAUCUGCCGCUCCCUUUGCCACUUUUCUGUAUCCUCCUUCCACCCCAAGUCCUGGAUCACUCAGUCUUCUGGCUAGCUCUUGGCACCUCCAUCUGACCCUAAAGUUGCCCAUUGGCACCAAUAGAUUCCCUUUGACCUGC